CAUAAGUAUACCUUAGGUAUGGAGCAUUCUAUUUGUUCCUAGGAGUACAUAAGUACCUAGGUAUCAGAUGUAUCCAAGGGGGUGUCCAGGAAAAUAAGCAUAAUUUAAUAACUGACUCAGGUACCGGAGGUACCAUGUCUGAGAAAAUAAUUUUUCCGCUCUCUUUCAAGUCAAAAAGGAAAAGAUGCCUACAACGGCUACUCAUUUUAGAUACCCUUGCCACACUCCUGCUUUACUUUCCAUCCUCUCUCUCUCGGUCUUGUUUUAUUUUCUUUUGAUUUUCCCAGAGUAAUACUUUAGAAGCAGUUUCUUGGUCUAGACUUCAAGUCUCCGUCACGUCGACACUAUAUCUCCAUCUUCUCUAUCUCCGCUCAAAAAUUCUUUUCGCUCCUAUCGCAAAUGGGCCUGGCGGCGCCUCGCAAAAAAACCAAAAUCUCGCAUGAUCCCAACAACACCUCUUGGUCACGAUCUACGGAUGGUUUUGGACACAGGAUUCUCAAAGCCCAGGGCUGGACUCCCGGUGGCUUCCUCGGCGCCCGAAAUGCCACUCACUCUGAUCUAUUCACUACGGCUAGCGCAUCACAUAUAAGAGUUGUCUUGAAGGAUGACACAUUAGGCCUGGGAGCUCGGCCAAAGAGGGAUCUUUUGGAUGGACCCACUGGCCUGGACGCAUUCAAAGGAUUACUCGGCCGGCUCAAUGGUAAAUCUGAUACACAACUUGAAGCGGAGCAGCAAAAGCGGGAUGAUGAUAAAUUGGCUCGAUAUGCUGCAACGAAGUGGCAGACUGUCAGAUUCAUAAGUGGCGGACUUCUUGCGCAGGAGAAGGAUAAUGCUACGGCCUCCAAGGCUUCUCAGGAUCUUCGCGUUGACUUUCCACGGAAGACCUCUUCCCAUGAAAGAAGGCUGUGCCAUGACCAAGGAGGAGGAGGGAAGAAGAAGAAGAAAAAGAAGAACGAGAAGGGGAAGGAGCUGGACAUGAGUUCCAGAAAAUCCCGCGAAAAGAAACAAGAGAAGAGACAGAAGAAAAGGAAACUUAGUGACUGUGACGGGCUCGACGCGGAAACAGCGGACAAAACCUCUACAAAAGUCCUUGUAGCAGUCGCGAACGAUAAAGGUACAUGUCUGCUGGCCUCGAAUGGUCCAUCAACAUCGAGGGAACGCCAACCUAUGGGAAGACGGAUCUUUCGAAGCCGCCAUAUUGAACAAAAGAAAAGAGCCCUCAUGGACGAUAAAUCUCUCAAUGAGAUAUUCAUGAUCAAAACGUAAUAAUAAAUAUUCACCGGUUGGCCCAUGUCAAACUACCUAGACACCUG